AUGGAGAACAUUGAGUACCCAACAAUCGAUGCCCCCGGGACAACGCGCGACGAUCUGCCUUUCGCGUAUCAGCUGCGACACCCCCCUAGCAUGACGGAGGACGAACUCCUAGACGAAGUCAGGCAUAGUUUGCCGUUGGACAAGCUUCCGCGAACCCUCAUUCCUAACGCGCAAUUACGCUGGCGGCCACCAACCAUGCACUACGGAUUUGACACAACGGAAGCAGUGGUGGAGGAAUACGCCAAAGCACACAAUCUGUCCUUUUACUAUCCGAAAGAAGAGCCAUCCGACUCGCUCCCUUCCGCCGCGGCGUCGGGCGACGGAGCUGAACCCUCCUCCGAUUCUACAGGAGGCGGCGUCGGAGCCUACAGCCCCAGCCGUACUUUCUACGCAGUCAUGCGGGCCGUGGCCGAUGAGUCGCAGAUGCGCGAUGCGCGAUUCAUAGAGAAUGCCCAAAUUGCCUCGUGUCUGAACUCGGCGUCCGACCCCAGCGGUAGGGGAAAUCGUUACGUUGCGUCUCUCUACACAAACUACGACCUCUUUUCGGAUGAGAUCUUCCCGUUGCCCAGAACAGAGGAGAUCGAGAAGAUGCGUAAUAUCCUGCGAUCAACGCUACCGACCGGAUGGUACCUCGAGGCCCGUAGCUGGCGAUGGCAGUAGUCCUAGUUGAAU